AAAUAGCGAAGAGAUAGAUGUUCAAAUCUUAAGUUUCCAUUGAUAUGGUGGUGUUUGCACAUUUAUUAAUAAGAGGAGCAUUUUGAUUUUAUAACAAUGUAUCAAUUUUCAACUGCAUUUCAUGCAUUGCGACUUACAGCUGACAGAUCGAAAAAACUCAAUGGUCAAGGUCGGAAAUUCACAGGCAUGAAGAUGAAUGGAUUCGACGAGGGAGUUUCAUCUAGAUAAUUCAACAAAGUUUAAGGAGUUAAACAAGCAAUAUGAAUGAAAGGGGGAGAAAAAAAGUUACAUGUGAACAGUGUGGAAAAUCCUUUGUCUCGUUUGAGGAUCUCACCCUUCACCAGUCAACAGAGAAAGGACACAUAACGCCCAAUUAUUGUAGGAAAAUAUUCAUACAUAGUAUUAUAAUAUAUCAAAUAAAACAUGGUUACGUAUCAAAGCCAACAUCUGUGGAAGUGAGGACUGUACAUCAAAGCUGUAUUCGACUAAAUUGGAGCCCCCCUAUGGGUAUAGCAGUUCACCAAUACUACAUACAGUCUUACAACCCUGGAAAACAGGAAUGGUCUUCUCUAGGUGUGGUGCACCCCCAAAUGCCAUCAUUCAUCAUAAAUUCAGAUAUGCUCUCUGACUUGUGCAAACCAGUGGCUGAAAUUGGAAUUUGUGCUGUGAAUGUACAACAACAGUGUGGACCUCGAUAUGUGGUGCAGUUUCAAAAAAUUCCAAUACAAGUCAAUGGCAUGGGCGUUUUAGAAUACAAACUUGAGAAAACACAUUGGCAGAAACUAGAUUGGAAGAUUCACCAUAGUGCUCCGUAUCAACUUAAAAACUUAAAAACUUCUGGUCCUGUUGGUACCCCAGAGAAACUUGCUGCACGUCAAACUGCGAAUAAAGAUAUUCUCCUUUCAUGGUGCGAGCCUGGUGUCAAUAGAGAUGAAGACCAAGAUUUGGCUAUAUCAUCACAUGGAAAUUUUACAGGAUAUUCUAUUUUUAUUUCCAAAGUGAACAGUGAUACAUGGGCUUGUGUGAAGAAUUUAAAUGAAGAGGUAUAUUCUACUGUUAUACCUCACGAGAACAUUCCCGAGCUAUCUGAAUACCAAGUAGGUAUCAAGGCCAAAAAGGGUUUUCAUACAGGACCAAUGGCUAUUCUUUGUUUCCAUCACAUGAAGCCAGAUGGUUCGGUAUUUGUCAACGAACUUGAGCCUUGCAAAACAUGCAAUGCCCUCAAAACAAAGUCAGUCAGGUCAUUUGUUACGAAGGGAACUGGAAUCAACAGGAUGGAAGUUGAUAGUGAUGACGAUUUACAGGUUGAUGAAGAUGUCUUUUGUUUGGAAAAAUCGAGCAAAACAGAUGUUUUUCAGACAGCAAACCAUGAUUUAAAAAGAGCAAUGGGUAGAAAAGCUGUUUUCUUCUUUGCCAACCAUUUCUACCAACCAGUAACAGAGUUACCCAUAUCAAUUUCAAAUGUACACAGUGAUGGCUGUGGAAAGAUACGUUUGAAGGUGUCUAUCAGCCAGGACUUAUGGAGAACAUUGAAUACCACGCUUGAUGACCAGGGGAAACCCUUAUACCAUGUAUUCCUGAGAAUGGGUCGUCACUAUGGUGACAAGUUUGAAGAUGAAAUCCCAGAAUGCCUUAUAUCAGUCAACAAAAGAAUUGUGAAGGUUCAGGUAGCCAAUGGUUUGUCCCCAUGUAAAGACGGCCCUGUAGACAUAACAGGAAGUUUACACCCAAACAAUAACAAUAUCAUUUUGACCAUCAAGCCGGGUUGCGAACAGCCGUACAUGGUGUACAUACACAUGGUAAGGAAGCUUGGUCCAAAGGCAACUGUCCGCCGCCUUCUUAAGGAGAGAGUCGUACCUCAGUCUCGGACCAAAAGGCUCAUCAAGAACUAUCUGACAGCAGACAGGAAUAGUAUUAAAUACUGCAGCUAUAAAGUCAAGCUUACUUGUCCUAUCACUCAGGGUCGAUUGGAAACUCCAUGCCGAGGUGACCGAUGCAAACAUAUUCAAUGUAUGGAGGCAGGCACUGUAAUCCAGAUGAAUGAAACCAAAAAAGGAAGACGCUGUCUACUCUGUAAAGAACCAUACAACAAGCUGGACAUUGAUGGGUUGUUCCUUGAGAUACUACAGACUGUUCCAAGCUCAGUGACAGAGGUUGAGUUCAAUCCGGAGGGGGAAUGGAAGACAGUUUUAAACACAGAUGAGAGUGGGCCCUCUGUCAGCAUUGAUGAUGAUGUAGUAAUGCCUCAACUGGCUGAAGUAUUGAAUGAUCACACUGAGGUUGAUUCUGAAUGUGAGGCAAUAGCUGGUUUUCAUAAAGAUGUUCAAGGGAAAACAGAUGAUGUGCCGCAAGUGAAAAUUGAAAAUGUUGAGGGUGAAAGUUGGAGUACAGAAAAUGGUGGUUGGUAUUUGUCUCAGUAUGGUUUGGAAUUGAAAGACAAUGAUGUUGAGUUGGUUGAUGCUGAAGUAAGACAAGAUAUUGGUAUGCAAUUUGCAACUGAAUCUAAUGUUAAUCAUUGUGCAGAUCAAACUGAUGGAAUGAUAUGUGACAAUAAUUCAUCAAACCUAAAAGUUGAAGACUUUAGUUAUUCUAAAGAUGACAAUGAGGCUGAAGAUAUGAGUAUACAAAAUAUUGACAUCUUUCCACACAAAAAAGGUUCAGCACAAGACACAUCUACCUCUCAGAUUAUGAUUGAAGAUCAGGAAAGUGGAAAGCGUGUUUACCUUUAUGAAAACAUUCUUUCUGAAGAUGGAGAUGAGUUUCUAUCAUGUGAAAGUGAACUAGAAAAAAGAAAAAGUGAAUCUCUUGAAGGUGAUCAUAAUGUAAACAAUCAUGAUGCUCUAGGCCUGGCUUUCAACUUCACUCAAGCUACGUCAUCAUCACAAAAUUCCAACGUUGAAGAAACUGUAACCAUGGAUACCAGUUGGAAUGGCAGGGAAAUAAUUGAAGUAGAUAAGGAUUUAUGUACAACUGAAGAUAUGAGUCUCUGCGAUGAUCUCAAAGAACCAAGUGACAGACGCUCACCUCAUCAACGUAGAAGAAAGUGUCCCAAAACCAAGAAAACAAAUUAUCAGCACAAAAAAUCAUAUGAAGAUAAGGCCUUAGAAAAUGCAGUUUCCGCUGUACUGCAGAAAGGAAUGAGUAUAAGAAAGGCAGCACUUGAGUUUGGCAUUAACAUGUCCACUCUGCACCGACGCUGUCAACAGACAAGACCUAGGAAAAAGGAAUAUCAACAAAAAAAAAAAAAUAGAGAUGAGGCCUUACAAAAUGCAGUUUCCGCUGUACUGCAGAAAGGAAUGAGUAUAAGAAAGGCAGCACUGGAGUUUGGCACUAACAUGUCCACUCUGCAUCGACACUGUCGACACAAAGGACCUAGGAAAAAGGAAUAUCCCCACAAAAAAUCAUAUGACGAUGAGGCCUUAGAAAAUGCAGUUUCCGCUGUACUGCAGAAAGGAAUGAGUAUAAGAAAGGCAGCACUGGAGUUUGGCAUUCCCCCAUCCACUCUAAAUAAACGCUGUCAUCAGACAGGACCUAGGAAAAAAGUAUAUCAACACAAAAAAUCAUAUGACGAUGAGGCCUUAGAAAAUGCAGUUUCCGCUGUACUGCAGAAAGGAAUGAGUAUAAGAAAGGCAGCACUUGAGUUUGGCAUUCCCUCGUCCACUCUAAAUGAACGCUGUCAUCAGACAGGACCUAGGAAUGAAGAAUAUCAACACAAAAAAACAUAUGGAGAUGAGGCCUUCGAAAAUGCAGUUUCUGCUGUACUGCAGAAAGGAAUGAGUAUAAGAAAGGCAGCACUUGAGUUUGGCAUUCCACCAACCACUCUGCAUGAACGCUUGAAGAGGAAAGAUCCUACGGACUCCAUCGCUCGUAAAGUGGGGUGGCAAAAGGAUUUCUCUAACAACCAGGAAGAGUGUCUGGCUGAACUCCUGUUAUACAUGGCUGCUCAUGGAUUACCAGCUACUCGGAAGAUGUUACGAGAUAGAGUGAAAGAGCUACUUCAAAUUUCUGGCACAGCAUGUAGGGUGAAUAUUGAGAUGGGGCCAUCAAACCAUUGGCUGCGGGGAUUUGUGAAAAGGCAUCUCCUUUUUGAUCAUAUGGCAGAGACCAGACCUCCCCUGGACCCACCUGAAUCAAUCAAGGAAUUUUUUGAUAUGUAUGAAAAAACAAUUGUUGAGUGUGGAUUGCAGAAUAAAGAUGAUCAAAUUUUCAACUGUGAUGGAACACGCUGGACAGAGAAAUCCUUCAAGCUUUGCCCAAAGACUGGGCACCAGCUUGAGAUGAAGACAGGAACAGGGAGCCAUGUGACUGCACACAUGUGCAUUAGUGCUGGGGGCCGCUUUCUGCCAUCAAUGUUGAUAUACAAGGAAAGUUUACCCCUUGCGCCCAUUGAUGGAGUUCCUGACACGUGGCUGAUCACAGCCAGCGACACGGGGCUUAUCAACAGCGAGAUAUUCUCAGAAUGGUUUACCAAGAUUUUCAUCCCCAACUGUGGCAUGGAGAGACCGGUGUUGUUGGUGAUGAACAACCUUUACAACCCAGUCUCCAUUCCAACCAUGCUGGCUGCCAAAGAGAAUAGUAUUAUUCUUUUUGGUGUUCCGGGAAAUAGCACACACAUCCUCCAUCCAUUAGUUGUAGAGAUAUUCGGAGAACUCCAGGCAACGGUUCAUGAUAUAAGUUCCAGCCAGCUUGAUGCCAGCAAGAGAGUGGUCAUAGAAAAGACUGAAUACCCAGCCAUCCUUAGUCAGGCAAUUGACCAGACUGCCCCUGAAUCUGUCCAACAUGCAUUUGAAGUCACGGGACUGUGUCCGGUCAACCGGGAAGCAAUUGACAUGUCCAAACUUGCUCAAGUAAAGGAUGAGCCAGAAGGCAGGAUGGAUUGCGCUGGACCAAUGGUAGAAAAUGAAAGAGAAGUAAUCGAUAUGAACCUGUAUCUCGCUUCUGAUACUGUCUUUGGUCUCUGUGAUGAACAAGAAAGUGAAAGCUCACAGGAAGAUGUUCAAAUCCAGAAGGGACUAACUCCUUGUUCAACUCUGAUUCAGGGCCAAAAGCGAAUCAUUACAACUCCUGCAGGGAAAAAAAAGAGAAUAACAUCCAGAUAUAUUAUUAAUUCAAAAAUAUAUCUUGAUGAGGAGAUCACCUGUAAGAUUUUUACAUGCUCAGAAUGUAAGAUGGAGUAUAGUUACGCACGUAUGUUUGAGGGCGCUGAACAGAAGAUGUGUUUAGAUUGUGCUCUAGAGCAUAACUUUCUGAGCAAAGAUCUGUUUACAGUGUUGAAUACAGGUAACAUUUCCCUACAGCCUUCGUAUUCUCACAGUCGCAAAUUUUGGUGUACAAAAUGCAGGCAUAAAUACGGAUUGUCAAUGCUAUAUAAAGUAAAUGACUUAAACAUGUUUUGCAAAAACUGUGCAUUAGAGUUGAACUACAUCAGUCAGGGAACUGGGGACCAACUUUCAAGUAUUAAACUCUGUAGCUGUUCGAAAUGUAAAAAGCAGCAGGAGGACAAAGAAAUUGCUGCUGAAAAUAGCCGUUUGAAGCAUAAAAAGCAGCAUAAGGACAAGGAAAUUGCUGCUGAAAAUAGCUGUUUGAAGCAUAAAAAGCAGCAUAAGGACAAGGAAAUUGCUGCUGAAAAUAGCUGUUUGAAGCAUAAAAAGCAGCAUAAGGACAAGGAAAUUGCUGCUGAAAAUAGCCGUUUGAAGCAUAAAAAGCAGCAUAAGGACAAGGACAUUGCUGCUGAAAAUCAAACUAAAUUGAACCAAUCUAAGCAAAAUAUAAAUGUUAUCAAAAAAUUACCUAUUGACGAAGAACAAAUGGUUGAGGAAAAUAAUGAUUUGACAAAGAAAUGUUAUCUACCAAUGUGUCCGGCCCCGAGACAAUGCUCAAAUUAUAAUCAAGCAGGCAUUUGCAUGAAAGACAAUCUGACAAGUAGAAAAAUAGCCUUUACAAAUUUCGUGAAAAAGAAGAUUGCUGCAAAGAUGAAGCAGAAAGGUGUGGCACUUGAUGAAAGUAAUCAUAGUAAAGAGAGUGAACUUAGCCAUGUAGAUGAUCCACAGCAUCCUGAUUUGGGUAACUCUGCCAAAGGUACUUCCAAAGUUUGUGUAAUUUGUCAUACAAAUCAAGAUGGUAACAAUGUGGUUUGGUAUCAGAAUGAUUCUCAGCAGAUUUGUCCCUUGUGCUUUCAAAAAAAAUUGGUAGAAAAAUGUAUUGAAGCAAAUCAGAAGAGAAGAAAGAUAGCUGCUACAGAUUUCAAGAGGAAGAAGAGUGCUGCAAAGAUGAAGCAGAAAGGUGUGAAACUUGAUGUAAGUAAUCAUUGUAAAAAACGUGGCUCUAGCCUUGUAGAUACUAAACAGCAUCCUGAUUUGGAUAACUCUGCCAAAGAUACUUCCAAAGUUUGUUUUAUUUGUCAUAUAAAUCAAGAUGGUAAAAAAACUGUGGUCUGGCAUCAGAUUGAUUCUAAGCCGAUUUGUUUCUUGUGUUUUAAAAAAAAAAUGGUAGAAAAAGGUAAGAAAGAAAAACUGACAAGGAAAAAAAUAGCAUUUACAAACUUUGUGAAAAAGAAGCUUGCUGCUAAGAUGAAGCAGAAAGGUGUGACACUUGAUGAAAGUAAUCAUUGUAUAGAGAGUGAUUCUAGCCAUGUAGAUACUCCACAGCAUCUGGAUUUGGGAAAUUCUGCCAAAGAUACUUCCAAUGUUUGUGUAAUUUGUCAUACAAAUCAAGAUGGUAACAAAGCUGCAGUCCGGCAUCAGAUUGAUUCUCAGCCGAUUUGUUCCUGGUGCUUUAAAAAAAAACAGGAAGAAAAAGGGUCCACUAAUAAAGAAACUCCCUAUGUUGCAGAAAAUCAUUGCAGAAAUUAUCAGAAAGACAAAGAUUUAGAGAAAGACUGUAAUGAUGAAGUUUGCAAGAAUACCAGUUCAAAGAAGAAUGGAAAGUACAGUCCAUUUGAUUCAAAAGUGAACAAUCUAAAGGCUUUAAAUAAAGAUAGACAAAACAAUGCACUAAAGCAUUGCCAUAGUGAUGAAAGUAUUGUGUGCAUUUUGGAUUCCUCGACUGCUUCACCAACAUAUGCGAUAGAUAUGGCAUAUGACAUAAAUGAACCUGAACUGAACUCUGACAAUUACAUUGAGGUGCUUGAAUGUGAUGCUGGUGAAUUUGAUAAUGAAGGUGAUGGUUCUAAUGAUCAUCGCAAUGUUCAAACAAAUGAAAAUAGUGCAAUAAAACACAUUUUGCAGAAGAAAGGCUCAGAAAGAGAUAUUGAAGUCACUGAUAAUGAUGACAAAGGCUUUGAUUUCUUUAAGCACUUGAGGUCCUAUGGUAUAGCCAAAGACAAGAAAACACCGUUUGAUCCAAGGACUAGUAAUCAAAGUAAAAAUAUAAAUUCUUUGAAGAAUCAAGGAUUGCCGGAGGAAAUGAAAGGAGCCAAUCCAUUUUGUGAAACUGAAGCACAUACCAAACAAGAAAUGAUCACAGAGGUGUUGGUCUGCACACAUUGUUCAUUGAGGGAUCAAGCAGGCUGUGUACACCACUGGUACAAUGUGGGAGGUAAUUUCUACUGUUCAGACUGUUUUUCUUUGUUCCAAUCAGCUUUGCAGGAUAACCAUGUAAGUGAGAGGAAUACCACUAAGUUCUGUUUAUUCAUCCGUUUUAAAAAGUUAAGUAAUUCCAGUAUAUUUGAUGUUGAGGGUGUUGAGUUUACAGCACAAUUUGAAGAAUUAGCUAAACAUGAGCAGAAAGGUGAGAUAGACAACACAAGUGUUAAAGAUACAGAAACAUCUCCCAAUAAAAGCAAUUCCCUUUCAAUGAGAUGUAUAUUGGAUUACAAGGGUUGCUGUAGAAGUAUGAAAUGCUCUUCCCUCUGUCAACAUUUUAGAGAAUGGAGGUGUGGUCAGGUACCACUUUCUUUCAUAAGUGACUGCCAUGUGUCCUUGUGUAGGAUCGAUGGUGUAUGCAAGCGCUGUAAAGUGAGACAUAUCAAAAUUUCAGCGUUGGACAAUCAAGGGGUUAACAAGAGAAAACUCAGAGGGAAGGAGUCUCAAAAUUAAACGGGUCGUUUGUAAAAACUGCCGACAUUUUUGUAGAUUUGUCGAAGAAAUAAGAUGAUAACAAUAGUAAAAGGUAUCGACUUUCAAAUACAUGUCAUGAAUUUUAAAAGCAGAUAACUUCAUUUCAAGUAGGGGCCAUGCAUGAUAUAUCUGUUGUAAAAGCUUAUGUGUAAAAAAAAAUGUUUGUUUCAGGUUUACCAACCAACUCUAUUUUUUGGCCCUGACCCUAAACCUUUUUAUUGUAUCUAGAAAUAUUUAUUGUUAUUUGUUUGAUAUUUUUUCAUUUAAAGAAUGAAAAUGCAUUGUUUCGGCUUUUAACAAUACCAGUGAUUCUGAUAGGUGUUGUUAAGUAUAUAAUUUAUAGUUUUUGGUAACAGUAAAAUCUCAUGAAAACAAAAUUAACUUACUUAUCCUAUUUUUUGAGGGGGCAUGGCACCUGAAACAAAGACAUAUUUCACGCCUAUGUGUCAUUCUCAAACUACAAUAUUGUGUAAACAUUUUAUUCUUUGUUAGAUUGCAAUGUCAAUGUAGUGUUCAUUAGUAUCACUGUAUGUUUUUUCAAUAUCGAAAGUUCAGAUUUUCACGUGGAUGAAGUCAAGGCUAUUGGAAUUUUAUUAGUAUUUAAGACCGUCUUUGUCAUUUACCAAAAGGCUUGUUCAUUCUUUUUUUUAUAUUUAUUUGAUUUAUUUGUAUAUGAAUUUAAAACGGCUUUGUGAAUAUAUCCAUCAGGACUCGUUUAGUAUAAGUGAAAUUUGUUUUGUUUGUGAAUGUUAAGGAAUCAUUUGUGGAACAUUUUGAUGUGAAGUUUGUAUA